AUUUGCAGAUAGAUACACAGACAAGAGGAGCGGGAGAACCACAUAGGGAGACUGAGAGAGCUUGAGUUCAACAAUGGCGUCUAGGGUUUGGAUAGGGCUUUUGGCGUUUGUAUCGUCGAUGAUGUUUUUGGCAUCUGCAGAGGAAGGCGAGCACGUGUUGACGCUUGAUCACUCCAACUUCUCCGACACCGUGGGCAAGCACAGCUUCAUCGUAGUCGAAUUCUACGCCCCCUGGUGUGGACACUGUAAGAAACUUGCCCCUGAGUAUGAAAAGGCUGCAUCAGUUUUGAGCAGUCAUGACCCUCCACUGACACUUGCUAAAGUUGAUGCAAAUGAUGAAGCAAACAAAGAACUUGCCAGAAAAUUUGAGAUUCAGGGCUUCCCUACCAUUAAGAUCUUGAGAAAUGGAGGAACCAACAUUCAGGAAUAUAAUGGUCCUCGUAAAGCUGAUGGCAUAGUAUCUUACUUGAAGAAACAAAUAGGUCCUGCUUCUUCUGAAAUAAAAACUGCGGAAGAUGUUAGCAGUCUUUUUGAUGAAGCAAAAAUUUUUAUUAUUGGAGUGUUUCCAGAGUUCUCUGGGGAAGAAUUCAGGAACUUCACUGUUCUGGCAGAGAAGUUGCGCUCUGACUAUGAUUUUGGUCACACUUUGGAUGCCAAACUCCUUCCACAUGGUGGAUCAUCAGUUAAUGGGCCAACUAUUAGGUUAUUAAAGCCAUUUGAUGAACUCUUCACUGAUUUCCAGGAUUUUCAGGUGGAUGCUAUGGAGAAGUUUGUUGUAGAAGCUAGUGUGCCUAUCGUGACUGUCUAUGACAAAGAUCCAUACAACCAUCCAUUUGCCAUGAAGUUCUUCUACAGCUCUAAUGUUAAGGUAAUGCUGUUUGUCAACUUCAGUGAUGAUCAUCUUGAUACUUUCAAAUCACACUACAAGGAUGUUGCUACAGCCUAUAAAGGAAAGGGUGUAAAGUUUCUACUAGGUGAACUUGAGGCUAGUCAAGGUGUCCUUCAGUAUUUUGGACUUGAGGGCGAUCAUGCACCUCUCAUCUUUAUACAGACCAACGAUGGCCAGAAAUAUCUCAAACUAAACUUAGAGCCUGAUCAUAUUACUCCUUGGAUGAAGGAAUAUAUGGAUGGUAAGUUGAAGCCAUAUGUAAAAUCAGAGCCAAUUCCUGAAGUUAAUGAUGAACCUGUAAAGGUGGUCGUUGCUGAUUCCCUUGUUGAUGUGGUCUUCAACUCUGGAAAAAAUGUUCUGCUGGAGUUCUAUGCACCCUGGUGCGGACACUGUAAGAAACUGGCUCCAAUCCUGGAUGAAGUUGCUGUCUCAUUUGAAAGUGAUCCAGAUGUAAUCAUAGCUAAGCUUGAUGCCACUGCAAAUGAUUACCCAACUCAAACCUUCAAUGUUCAAGGUUAUCCUACUAUGUACUUUAAAUCUGCUAGCGGGAAGCUUUUGCAAUACGAUGGUGAUAGAACGAAGGAGGAUAUCAUUGACUUUAUUCAACAGAAUCGGGAUAACACUGCCCAACCAAGUUCGGUGGAGUCAGGUCUACUGAAAGAUGAGCUAUGACAGAAGAGACUGCGGCUUGCUUCCCUUGAUGUGGCUGUGGAGAACUAACUAGAAUUUGCGGAUAUCAGUUAAAAGCAAUAAUGUGAAGAAUGAGGCCCUUUUGCAUGUCUUCAACAACAAUAAGUUUAAAGAAAUAAUUAAAAAAAAAACUUUGCAGAGGUUAAUGUGGGUGUCUGGUUUCAGUUAUUGGGUUUACAAUAUUAAUUAACAGCUGCAAAGUAGUGGUCUGUUCUUGCAUAUAUAUUAUAUAGCCUGCCCGAGUGUUGCAUGUAUGGAUGGAUCAAAAUUGGAUGCCGUGUGAGAUUCACAGAAAAAAAAUCUAGAAGUUUAAUGGUGGUAAUAUUAAUA